AUGACGCACGACGACGAAGUCGACGCGACGAGCGGCACGCCGGCGCUCGCGGUGGAGCGACUCCUGGCGCUCGAACGCGAGGGCCUGAAGUUCCACCAGAUGCGCGAACGAUGCCGCGACAUCCUCGCCGCGCCGGACGUGCACGUCCCAUCCUUCGCCGCCGAUGCCAUCGCCAUCCUCGCGAACCACCCUGGUCGCAAAACAGCCGCCGUGGAUCCAAUCGCGCACCUCAUCAUGGAGUGCGUCCCGCGCGUCACCGCGCACAUCCGAGAGCGACACGACUUUCCCAUGAUGGACGACGUGAGCGUUCGCGAGCGGUUCGCGGAUGCGAAGGAUCGAUCGCCGGGCGUACGCCUCAUCCUCGACGCGCUCGCCGCCGCCGCCGCCGUCGACGACGAAUCAGCCGAAUCGGCGGGUGGAUCGAUCCAUCGGCGGGUGACGGGUACGACGCGGUUGGACCCCCGGACGCUGCUUCGCGUCGCGGAGACGUACGGCGUGAGCCUCGAGGACCUCAUCGACGCCGGCGGCGGCGACGCGCGGACGUCGCUGGAGGCGUACGCGCGUUCGUUGAUGUAUCGCGAGGGUAAACACGCGCCGGGUGUGAAUCUCGCGCUGUGGUUCUCGCUCGACGCCUUCGCGAGCGUCGAGACGGUGGACGAACUGACGAGGUGUGGGGCGUUCGGGCUCGCGUCGGACGUCGCCGCGUGCGUCGCCGGGUCCGAGCUGAAGCGGCGGUGCGUGGAGGCGUGCUUGGAAUUGGGGGAUUCGGGCGACCACGCGGGGCUGAGAGCGGCGCACGCGGCGGCGGAACGGUUCCAACUCGGGACGGUUUUUCCGACGGUGAAGAGGCGGUACUUCGAGAGCACGAUCAAACGGAUGGUGGCCAAGGGUCAGGCCGAGGCUGCGCUGCGCCACGCCGGGGACGAUAAAGACCUGAUCAGGUGCGUGAUCGCGUCGCUGGUGGCGUCGGGGGACGCUUCGACGGCGGCGGAGUACGUCGCGAGGUUGGGUUCGGAUUUAAGCCCCGGGGAAGAUUUCGACGUCGGCGAUUUGCUCGGGACGGAGACGGAGCUCGCCGCGGCGCAGGCGGCGAGGCGCGACGCGCACGUUCAGCUGCCGGAGGGUAUGGCGGAGAACGGCGGGGUGGUGUGGGUGGACGACGAGGACGGUCUGCGCGCGGCGUGCGACGCGUUGCUCGCCGCCGACGUCGUCGGGCUCGACACGGAGUGGGCCGCCGAUCCGGACGCCGAGCGAAUGAAAGCGGAGAGGAACCGGCGCAGGAAGGGGACGCGCUGGGCGCGGAAACGAUGGCGCGACCAGAAGAAACUCGCGAAGAAGCUCGCCGCGGAGGCUGAGGCGCUCGAGGCGUCGAACGGCGAGAGCGACGCCGACGACGCUUCGUCGCGCGACGCUUCUUCGGGCGAAGGGGAGGGCGAAGGGGAGAGGACCGGCGCCGGGGCUGGCGGCGAGGACGAGGACGCCGCCGAGCGCCGAGCCGCGUCGGUGGUGGCGCUGCUCCAGGUGGCGACGCGCGAUCGAGUGUUCCUCGUGGACCUCCCCGCGCUGCUCCGAGCGUGCCCCGACGCCAUCGCCCCGACGCUCGGCGCCGUUCUCGCCGACAGGAGCGUCCUGAAAACGGGGUUCGGGUUGGCGGAAGAUCUCCGCCGGCUCGCGAGGCUCCACCCGCCCGCGUUCGGCGCGGAGCGUCUCGGCGGACCUUCCGGCGGCGUCGGGCCGGUGAUCGAUCUGCAGCACGUGUGGGCCGCGGGAACGCGCAUCGCUCGAGAGGAAGCUGCCGACGGGGGCCGGGCGAAGAGGGGACGACGGGCACGCGCGGCGGCGGCGGCGGCGGCGGCGGCGGAGGGGGGAGAGGGGGGAGGCGGCGGAGGCGUCGCCGCGUCGCCGCCGAAGAGGCUGGUCGGUCCGUGGAGCCUCAAGGAGCACUACCAGCGGAAACACCUGGUGGGAUUGAGCCACCUCACGGCGGCGGUGCUGGGCAAACCGCUGGACAAGGCGACGCGAAUGAGCGACUGGAGUAAGAGGCCGUUGACGCCGCGGCAGGUGACGUACGCGGCGUUGGACGCGUGGGUGCUGGUGGAACUGAUGCGGACGCUGCGCGAGAACCACGCGGAGGAGUUGGAGCGACUCGCGGGGGGAUUGACGCACGUUCGCGAGUGA